AUGGCCAGGAAGAACCUCGAAGAGACGGGCAUGUCGUACCAGCUGGAGGUGGACAUGAUCCGGAAGGCCAGGCAGCUGGGUCUCCUGACCACCCCCUACGUCUUCAACGCCGAAGAAGCCAAGCUCAUGGCCGCGGCGGGAGCUGACAUUAUCGUCGCACACAUGGGCCUCACGACUGCGGGCUCAAUCGGCGCACAGACUGCGCUCACCCUGGACCAGUGCGUGACUCUGAUUCAAGACAUCACCGAUGCCGCAAGGUCCAUACGCGAUGACGUAAUCGUGCUCUGCCAUGGUGGCCCCAUCUCGAUGCCCGAAGAUGCCGAGUACAUCCUCCAACGCACACAAAAUGUGCAUGGGUUCUAUGGCGCAUCAUCCAUGGAGCGACUGCCCACCGAAGUGGCCAUCACCGAGCAGAUGCGCAAGUUCAAGGGCAUCAAGUACUAA